GUACUCCACCUGGGAAUCCGCUCUAUCCCAGCUCCCAAAUCUCCCAAUCAAAUGGGACUCUCACCGCGUCUUGAAAUCCCACCCUCCCAUGCAGAAAGCUUGGCUCUUUUUCAACUGGGCCUCCGAGAUCAAAGGCUUCAAGCCCGACCAUUUCACUUACACCACCAUGCUCGACAUCUUCGGCGAAGCGGUGAGGCUAUGGAAGGAGAUGAGGGAUAUUGGGUGCGAACCUACGGUUGUGUGGCUUACAUGAAGAUGCUUUUCGAUGAUGGGAGGGUGGAUGAAGCGACGGAGGUGUAUAAGGAGAUGUUACGGUCGAGAGUCUCUCCGAACUGUCACACUUAUACGGUGUUGAUGGAGUUUCUUGUAGGCACUGGAAAAUGUGGUGAAGCCUUAGACAUCUUCUUUAAAAUGCAAGAGAUUGGUGUGCAGCCAGAUAAAGCAGCUUGCAAUAUCAUGGCUCGGAUUCUUGUAUACAUGAAAGAAAACGGGAUUCUUCUUCGUUACCCUGUAUUUCUCGAGGCUUUAGAGACUCUGAAAGCUACCGGUGAAAGUGACGAUUUGUUAAGGGAAGUCAACUCGCAUAUUACUGCUGAAUCUUUGUGCUCCAACGACAUUGUUGAAGCCGAAGUUGAUGGCAACGAAAAGUUCAGAUGAUAGUAGAAUUAUCUGCUCCCUUCUCUUGAUAAAGCAGAGUCUUGUUGCAGUUGAUCAUCUACUUAACCAGAUGAAAGAUAGAAACGUAAAGUUGGAUUCUUCUGUUGUUUCAGCAAUCGUUGAAACAAACUGUGACCGUUGUAGAACCGAGGGGGCUUCGUUGGCCCUUGAUUACAGCUCGGAAAUGGGGAUUCAUCUCGAGAAGUCAGCGUAUCUUGCGUUGGUUGGUUACUUUCUGAGAGAAAACGAGCUAGGUAAACUUAUCGAAGCAGUAAAGGAGAUGGUGAAAGCCCAUCACUCACUUGGUAUGUACCAAGGAGCAACGUUGAUCCACAGGCUUGGGUUUGGCAGAAGACCUCGCUUAGCUGCAGAUGUUUUCGACUUGCUUCCUGAUGAUCAAAAGGGGGUAGCUGCUUACACUGCGCUGAUGGAUGUUUAUAUCUCAGCAGGGAGUCCAGAGAAAGCAAUGAAGAUAUUUGAAGAGAUGAGAGAACGUGAGAUCGUGCCUUCGCUGGGGACGUACAAUGUUCUGUUGUCUGGUCUUGAGAAAACCAGUGACUUCCAAAGAGAAGCAGCGUCGUUGAAAAAGGAGAAGAAGAGUCUUGUUGCUAAUGGCCGUUUCAGGGAAAAUGUUGAUGUUUUAAGAGAAAGUCUGUGAUCUUCUGUUUGCUAGAAAUCUGUAAUCUAGAAAUCUGUGAUCUUCUGUUUGCUAGACAUGUUUAAACGAAGCCCUUUAGCCACAAGUGUAGGUUCUCCUCAGGUUCGUGCAGUUUCUCAAAGCAUAACCACAAGUGUGCUCUCUAUGCUAAUGACCCGAGUUAGUUUAGUUGAGGUUGAGUUACUAGGGAUCGUUUGAUCAGUAGACGACUAUUAUGAAUCCCAGAAGUUCAUUUGUUGUAAGCUUCCAACUAGUGAGAUUCACUAAAUUUAAUGUAACCAUUAAAGGUUUGUUGAUAUUUUGACCUCUCUCUGUAGUUU